UAAGAAAAGGCAUCGUGACAUCGUGAGAAGAAGCCAGCGCAAGGAGCGACGCAAAUUACUGCAUCAUCAUCAUCAUCAUCAUCAUCAUUGUAAUCAUAAGCAAUAUCUUCUCUUGAAAUUUCUUCACGGAUAAGAAUAGCAAGAUAAUCAACUAGACGAUUCUGCCGCUUUGCUUUCAAAUCUCUCUAUUCCAUUUCUCACUCACCAUUGGACCUUUCUUCGCCAUUUUUUUUUGUCCUUUCUGCAUUUACGAAUCGCGGAAAUCUCUGAAUCGUUAUCCUUGAAUUUGGGUUUUGUAAUCUGGGUAAUUGUCUUGUUUCCGAAUUUCACGUGAAAUCGGUCGUGUGUAAUGAGUUGCUAGGGCUUGUAAUGAGCUGAAGUUGAAUUUGUUUUGAGAAUUUCGAGUUUUUUAGGGGUUUUCUUCUUCCUGGGUUGUGUCGUGGGAAUUAGGAAUUGUUGAUUUUUGUUUGCUUCGAGAACAUGGAGAAGUACGAGCUGGUUAAAGAUAUCGGUUCUGGGAAUUUUGGAGUGGCUAGACUCAUGAGGGUCAAAAACUCCAAGGAACUCGUUGCCAUGAAGUACAUCGAGCGUGGCCCAAAGAUUGAUGAGAACGUGGCGAGAGAGAUUAUUAACCACAGAUCACUUCGUCAUCCGAAUAUAAUCCGGUUUAAAGAGGUUGUUUUGACACCAACACAUAUCGCCAUUGUCAUGGAAUAUGCUGCUGGUGGUGAGCUUUUUGAGCGUAUAUGUAGCGCUGGAAGAUUCAGUGAGGAUGAGGCAAGAUACUUCUUCCAGCAACUUAUAUCAGGAGUCAGCUAUUGUCAUGCUAUGCAAAUAUGCCACAGAGAUCUGAAACUCGAAAAUACCCUCUUGGAUGGAAGUCCUGCUCCACGUCUGAAAAUCUGCGAUUUUGGUUAUUCCAAGUCCUCUCUGCUGCACUCUAGACCCAAAUCAACUGUUGGAACUCCAGCAUAUAUUGCACCUGAGGUUCUCUCUCGCAGAGAAUAUGAUGGCAAGAUGGCUGAUGUAUGGUCUUGUGGUGUGACUCUUUAUGUCAUGCUGGUUGGGGCAUACCCAUUCGAAGACCAAGAGGAUCCCAAAAACUUCAGAAAAACAAUACAAAGAAUAAUGGCUGUCCAGUACAAGAUCCCAGACUAUGUCCGUGUCUCACAGGAUUGCAAACAUCUUCUCUCCCGUAUAUUUGUCGCCAACGCAAUCAAGAGGAUUACAAUUGCUGAAAUCAAGAAACACCCAUGGUUCCUUAAGAACCUACCAAGGGAACUUACAGAGACAGCUCAAGCAGCAUACUUUAGGAAAGAGAACCCGACAUUCUCUGAACAGAGUGUCGAAGAGAUCAUGAAGAUUGUGGAUGAGGCGAAAACGCCGCCUCCUGUUUCUCGAUCCAUUGGAGCAUUUGGUUGGGGAGGAGAAGAAGAUGGUGAGGCCAAGGAAGAAGAUGCAGAGGAGGACGUUGAGGAAUUAGAGGAAGAAGAAGACGAAGAAGAUGAUGAGUAUGUUAAAACGGUGAAGCAAGUGCAUGCUAGUGGAGAAUUCCGAGACAUGUAAAAAAAAAAAGAUUGUUUUUUUUUUCUUUUGUAAAAGAAGAAAGUUUUCGUUCGUCUGUCGAAUUUGUUUUUUUUUUCUUUUUCUUUUUUGGUCGUAAAUGUUUAAUGUUUCUCUCUUAUCAAAUGGUUUGGGGAUUUUACAUUUGAAAGUCUUGUAAAAUUUGCAGUAGAAGAACAGAGGUCGAUGACGAGUAGUGUGUUUAUUCUGUAGACUACGUUUAAAUUCUCGAUUUUAGUGUGUUUGAAAAUUUUA